GCUGCAUUCCUUCCCGGCUUCCUCCAUUAUUUUCUCCACCCCUUUCCCCUCUCUUUCUCUCUCUCCUCUACCCUCUCUAAAAGACUGGAUACUAUACAGAACAAUAGGAAAACAAAUAGAAAGGGGAGGAAGGAAGAACGAACAACACCUACCGAGCAAGACUUGGUUCUUGAGCACUCCAUGGGCUGUUGAAUUGUCCCCCAGGAAUCCCCUCUUAGUUUGACGAGAUUCGUACAGAGAAAUAGUUCUUGAUUUUUUCCCCUUUCUUUUGCUCAGGAAUUCGGGGAACUGCUUGUUUCUACUUUGUUUUUUUUUCGUAUUUGUUUUGUUGGGAUUUUCCUUUGCUCCUUUCUUCUUCACCUGUCGGGAGGUGAAGAGCGGAGGGGAUCAUGGGGAAGCAAGGUCCCUGCCGUCAUUGCGGAGUCACAAGUACUCCCCUUUGGCGAAAUGGGCCACCAGAUAAGCCAGUGCUUUGCAAUGCAUGUGGUUCGAGAUGGAGAACGAAGGGUUCGUUGGCAAACUACACUCCGAUGCAUCGCAAGGAUGACAUUGAUGAUGAUGAACCUAGAGUUAGCAAGCUGAAGCCGCCAACAUCAAAGCUCAAGUCACAGAAGAAAAAAGCAAGUCACAUCAUAAUGGAGAAUGUUCCAUUUUCUGGUCAGAAUUUUCUAAAGAUGGGGGAUGCUGACACAAGCAAUCGAUCUAGCUUGGGCUCUGCAAUAUCAUACUCUGAGAGUUGCGCCCCAUAUGGCGAUGUUGAUGCAAGUGAAAUGAGUGGUUCAGCACAAUCACAUGCUUGGGAGUCCCUAGUGCCAUCAAGAAAGAGGAGCUGUGUCACUCGUCCAAAGGCUUCGCCUGUAGAAAAGCUUGUAAAAGAUCUUAAAUCCAUCAUGCAUGAAGAUCAGUUAUAUUACCUUUCAGGAUCCUCAGAGGAAGACCUACUGUACCAUAGUGAAACUCCUGUGGGUUCCUUUGAAAUAGGCUCUGGAAGUGUCCUUCUAAGGCAUCCGAACUCGAAAUCACCAGAGGAAGAAUCAGAAGCAAGCUCCAUUCCUUCAGAUGGUAAAUCAUAUAUUACAAGUGAAUCCUAUUCAGGGUCUGCCUUGUUUGUUGUUCACGAUGGAAACAAGGGAACAGUCAACUUAAAGGCUGCAAUUGCGACGCCAAAGAGGUUGCCACUGCAUAUUGAAGAUAAUGCUAGCAGGGAUAAACUUCAUUGUAAAAAACAGCAUAUCCUGGAGAGCAUUGACUCACCUUUAGUUUCAGUAGACUUAGAGGAAAAGGAGAUUAAGGAAAUUGGGGAAGUGGAGAAUAUCAGUGAAUCAAUAGGCUUUGCUGGGUCCACCAUGAAACUGCUCAAAAGAUCCCAUGACACCCACAUUCAGGGUGACUCAGGUUUAUGAUUGAACGCAGAGAUAGAUUUCGCUCUCAUCAAGUGACAUGGCAAUGCAGUUGGAUCUGAUAGCUAAAGUACAUGGUGUUUCACAUGCUUACAAAUACUAGGAGCUCCCUGACGCAUGCCCUGAAGGACAAGAGAACGCGUGGUUCCCUUCUAAAUGUUGACGCCCAAGCUAUGAUGAAAGAGAACAUUUGAGAAAAUUAGAGAGGGGGGGCGGAGGGGGGGGGGGUGUAGGGUCAUGUGCUGAUUUCUAUGUAGAAAAAAAGGAGAGCCUGAUGAAGUGUCAGCGAUUAUUGAUGAGAUGAGGGGAAAAAAAUGUCCCUUUUGAUGUCUGCACUUGAAAUAUUUGGAUAAAGAGCUGCGCUGUUAAACAAGAUGCUGAUAAAAUGGAGCGAGUGUUUAGCCAGAUGAUCGCUGUGUUAUUAGCUGAUUUUGAGACCAAGCAUUUUUGCAAAGAAUAGUACUAUCUUGCUUCCCGUUGCAAGGUUGGGUAUGUAUAAAUCACUGUCGUCCUGGUGUAA